UCUAAAGGAGAAAGAAAAAGGACUAGUAUAGGAAUGGAGCUGGUCCUUGAUCCUCUCCUCUUGUUCCUGGAUAGGCCCACAACUGGCUUAGAUGGGAGAACAGCUAAUGAUGUCAUCAGACUCCUAAAAAGGAUUUCUGAGCAGGGACGCACGAUCAUCUUCUCCAUCCAUCUGCCUCGCUAUUCCAUCUUCCAGCUGUUUGACAGCCUCACCAUACCGGCCUCAGGAGAACUAAUGUAUCACGGUCCGGCCCAAAGGACUUUAGAGUACUUUGAGUCUGCAGGUUUUCCCUGUGAAUUCUACACUAAUCCUGCAGAAAUAUUCCUGGACUUCUUUCAUGGUGUAAUAAAGAGAGAGUCAGAAGAACAUGAAGCUAACAAGACUGAAAUGCCUUCAAAGACAGAUGAUUCACAGAUAAAAGAAUUAGCUAAUAAUUUUUCCAAGUCCACUUUCUACAAAGACAUAAAAACUGAACUGCAUGAAUUCAAAAGGGAUGAGAAUAAGAGGUGCUGGGUCAGGAAGGAGAUUCCUUAUGUCACCUCCUUUGGUCAUCAGCUUAUUAGCCUCACCAAGCGUUCAUUCCAAAGCUUUGUGGGUAAUCCCCAGCACUGGAUAAAUGAGAUAAUUGUCACAUUGGUUUUGGGACUGGUUACAGGCACCAUUAUCCUUUUGCUGAGAGAUGAUUGUACUGAAAUCCGAAAUAGAGCACUGAUGCUCUUCUUCCUGAUGGUCUACCUGUGUUGCAGAAGAACAGUGGCAGUGGAUCUCUUCAUGAUCCAGAAGAAGCGGUUUGUACAUGAGUCCAUCAGUGGGUAUUACAGAGUGUCAUCUUAUUUCUUUGGAAGUCUUUUGCUUGAUUUACUACUCGAGAUGAUAUUGACAAGUUUUAUAUUUAUUUAUACACUAUACUUUAUGGCCGGAUCAAAGCCACGGACGGAGACUUUCUUUGUCAUGACCUUUACCCUCCUUAUCUUUGGUUUUUCAUCCAUUUCCAUGACCCUGGCUCUAGCAGCAGGUUAUAGCAAAGUCUCUAUACAAGGAAAUGUUGUGGACACCUAUUUUACAUUUAUGCUGAUUCUUUCAGGUGUGUCUUUGUAUUUUGGAACCAGAAGAUCUCAGUUUCCCUGGCUUCAGUACUUCAGCAUUCCAUAUUAUGGCUUUAUGAUGUUCUGGUGAAGAAUUCUUGUUAAUGCAGGACAUGGAUAUCUCACCUUGGAGCUUGUGGAUGAAUCAUGUAGCUCUGUCCAUUCUGAUGAUUAUCUUUCUCAUAAUUGCCUACCUAAGAAUGUUAUACCUUAAAAGAAAUUCUUAAAUUUUACUUCCAUUUACUAUGAAUUAAUUUCACAUUUAAAAAGUACCUGGAUUGGCUGUCAGUAGUUAAUGAUUUUUUUAUUGUCUUCUAUUCAGUUCCAUCACACUGCUGAUCAGCAACAAUCAUCUUCAAUAGAAAAGAUCACAAAACAACAACAAACUGAAUUAUAUAUCCAAAAACCAAAGCCAAAAUCUGAUGGUAUUUCUUAGUGCAUAUUACUUUAUCUCCCUCAGACAAUAAGUGUUGGGAAGAAAUCCAGGCUAAUUUAUUGACCUGAAAAAGGAGAAUUGAUCUCUAGAAACUCAUGACAACUUUCUCUUAUCUCUGGCAUUAGGUUCCUCAUGUACAAAAUGAGUAGGCUGGCUAGUAGCCCUCCGGUUUUGAUAUUCUGUGACUCUACCAUUAAAUAUGAUCCCAUUAAAUAAAUAACUUGUGUAACUGUUGUAUUAAAAGUAUGAAACUUAAUUACUUUGAAAACAUAAUGAUAUUUCUAGGGUGAAACAGAUCCGUGAUGAUAAAAAAAAAAAAACAUGUCUUAAAUAAGAUAAUUUAGAUUGGUGGAACUUACAAUGCUAAUGGAAUUGUAAGAGUUCAGGAGUCUUAGCUGGGGUCUUGGGCUGCAGGUGGAGUUGAGGGCCAGGGUCAGGGGUUAUGGCUCUUGUGCCAUUUCUGGGACAUUCUGCCUCUGAAAUUUCACUUUGCCUCCUUGCAUGUCUCAGUGGUAUAUAAUCUGGCUACAUCAGAAUCUCUGAGGGCUUUGCUAAGACACAGAUGUCAGGUCCUGCCUUUCCCACUGAAGGAGCACCUGGAGAGCCGCCUCCAUGGAGAACUUGUCAGGGCUGAAUUUGGCCAUUUCUAAUGCUCUCUCAGCUCUGAAAAUGUUAUGCUUGUGGUUUAAUAACUUGGGUAUCUUUGCCUACACAAGAUCCCAUUCAAUGCUUGCAGAUUUAAUUUAUUUAUGUAUACUCAUUUCAUUCUUUACCUGUAAUAGAGAACUAUUUACCAGUACUGUGACUGUGUUUAAGAACUUCUCUUUUGUUGAAGGGCAGUGUAACAACAACAAAAAAAUACAAUUCAGUGAGUUACCAUAAAAUGAUGACACAUGUGCAGCCACCAGUCCAGGCCAAGAAGUAGAAUGUGACCUGACAGGAGAGUCCUGCAUGCACCUUCCUAAUCUCUGAUUCUUCCUCCUCUCUCUAUGGGUUGCUUUUGAAAUGAUUUAAGUAUAUUCCUCUCUGUUGCUAUUAUCAGAACAUCACUGCAGCUCAGGUUUGUAUUUUUUGUGGAAAGUUACAUGCUUAAUUCCCUCUUCCAUUUUUAAAAAGCUUUUAAAUGUUUAAAUAGCUUAUAUUUACAGAAAAGCUGCAAAGAGAGUGUGGAAAUCUGCCAUGUGCUCUUAGCCAAGAUUCAUUUAAUUUUAACUUUUUAUAUUUCAAGCUCCACCAGUCAAAGAUCAGAAAUUAACAUUGGGACAUCUUUGUGUUCAAAUUGCACAAUUGUUACAAAUCCCCCCCCCUUUUUUUUUUUUACUAAUGUUCAUUUAUUGUUCUAGGAUCAAAUUUUGGGUAUCACAUUGUGUCUAGAUCCCUCUUGCAGAAGAAAAUACAGGAAUGAAAAGAUCUAGGGACUCACCAAUGUAGAUGCCUGUUACUUUGGUUCUCUAGGAAUAUAACUGACCCAUCAUUGGGUGCUUUUCCAUGUUGCUGCAAUGUCAGUCUAAGGAGCUGACUUUAGAUGUUUAUCUUUACACUUUAAAGAAUACUGCUUUUUAUGACAUUUGAUUAAUGCAUCAAAUAAUAUCUGUUUUACCAAGUUUUAUGGAAAUGUCAAUGUCAAAUAAUUUUUUCUACUUUUGGUCAAAUUUUUCUGUAUCUGUGCUUACAGUUACCUACAUAUAUACAUCAUCACACAGAGAGAAAUAUAUAUGCAUAUUUAUACACAACAUAUAUCUGCCAGGUUAAAAAAUAGCUCAAAUUAACAAUAUCUUCUUUGGGAUUUAUUAGACAUUUAAUUGUUCCAUAUUUUAUUUAUUCUUUCCAUUAUAAUUUCCUUUUUAUAUACUUUUUAUUGAGUCAACAAACACAAAAUAAAAAUUACCAUCUUAUCAAACUUCUAAAUUGAGGAACAUUUAAAAAGUGUGAUAUUAUUUUUCUUAGGUUAAAAAAUAAAAUGUUAGUUGAUAGAAAUUUCUGUAAGAACACAUAUGUAUGCUUGUGUAAUUUGUUCUUAUUUCCUUGCAUGUCAGAAGUAAUCUAUAAAGGACGGGAACUGAUCUAUCAUGCAGGAAUAAAUGAAAUGUCAGUUGAUGUUUAUUCCCCAGUUACUCUUCUUUGGAUGCCAAUCAAGACUUCAAGAAGACUGCUGCUAUGAAAUGUUCCUCAGUGUGUUGAGGAGGGAGGGAAGAAGGGAAGAAAAUGUGGGUAAUGUAGAAAGGUGUUAAAGAGGUAAUAAAUAUAACACUUUCUCUGUUUUUGAAGUCAU